AAUGGUUGAAAUCUAGCCUGGAUUUCACAGAAAAGGUUACAAUUUUUAAUAAGUUUUAAAUAGUUUAAGGAUUUCUUCAGUUUUUAAAAAUGUUUUUAAUAAAGCAAUUGACACCUUAAAUAAAACUCAUCUUAUAUGUAUUUAAUUUAUUUUAUACAUAUAUACUUAAACUAAAACCUUUAUGUUGAGGAAAAACGUCCAUCUACAUGUUUACUCAGGUACAGUUUUUAACCUUAUCUAACUUUUUUAUUAUUUUUAAUAACUAAUAUUAAGAUAAUAUUUUCUUAUAGAUAAUUUUUCACUUUUUUAUGCACCUACAGAUUAGUUUCGAUUUUAUUUUGAAUUCCUCAGAUAUGUAUUUUAAUUAGAUUUACCAGCACUGUGAGGGACCAAGAAGUCAGGAACAAGGAACAUAAGCGUCUAAACCAGUACACUUGUGAUAAAAUCACAAAAGGUGGCAGAUUUAGGUGACCUACUAAUAUUUAACUCAAGACACCUUGAUUUUCCCCCAGUCACUCAGUGACGUUGCUGUGUGGUCCACAAAUUCCCCUCAUCAACAGCUAUAUAAUGUAACUUUUGGGGAUGCCAGAUAGCAUGGACUAGAAGAGCUCCACAUCUUCAUCAUCGCCAUCAUCAACACUGCUGCCGCCGUCCGCACAACUGUCAUCAGCUUGUUGAAUACUUUUUAUCAAUUUGAUUUUUCUUUUUCGCCGGGUCUUGUUUCCCUCCCAUGAUGAGCCGACUCGUCCUGACGUCAUCUGCGCUGCUGCUGCUGCUGCUGUGUGUCUGGGUCAGCCUGAGUCAAAGCAGUCCGAUGAGGUGCUGUACCAAGUAUUCAUCGCAGCCUUUCCCUGUCCUCCGACUGAAAGACUUCACCCGACAGGACUCCACCAUGACCUGCAACAUAGAUGCCGUCAUAUUUACUACGGUGAAAAACAGACAGAUCUGUGCCAACCCUGAUGAUAUGUGGGUUCAGAACGCCAUCUCGCAUAUCCAAAACGCAAAAAAGUCAUCGUAACAUGGGCACCGUCACAUCGAUGGAAAGCUGCCUUAAGCUGAACAAAUAAACAGUAACGGAAAUCCUCCAAUAAAAUGUAUUGAUUAAAAUUUAUUUUUAUAUUUAAAUAAUAAAUGGUUUUGACAGCAA